AUGUUUUUCUUUAUCGCUGUUGACGAACAUCAUUUUUCGAAUAAUCAACAAAUGAUGUCAAGUCCAAAUUUUAUCCAACGGAAAGCUGUCGAUGUUUCAGGUCAAUUAGGAUCAUUGUAUGAUGCAUCGUCUGAUACUUUACUUAAGUGCUGUCGUGUUGAAAAGUUAGAAAAGACACAAUUUCAUAAGGAUUCGAUAUGUCAUGUGUUUCAAGGUACACAAGUAAAUAACGUCAUUCAUUUGUUAAAAGCAAUAAAAUUUGAUGAUGCACUUUUACAAAGUAUUCUACUUGGUAUGGUUAGACCAUUUGGAAUCAGUUCUGUUAUUAAUUAUAAUCAACCUAUUAAUAAUAAUACUCAUUUUCUAUAUUCUUCAUAUACAUGUAGAACAGACAAACUAAAUGUUACAGCUGGAGAAGUAAAUCAAAACAUUUCACUCCCAUCCGAUUUAAAUAAUGCGACUCAUAUGAUUACGGAAAUAAUAUACGGUUUUGAAAUUUUAUGUGUUAUACAAGCUCCGACGACUGAAUCUUCAGUUCAAAUCGAACAUUUACUUAACCGAAUUUCUAAACAACUUCAGAGUUCCGACAAACCAUUAAAACUCACUGAUAAAGAAGAACGUCAAAUUAAUGAACUAUCUAAUGUGACCAUAUAUGCCUCUGAAAUAUGUUGCAAUGAUCUAAAUGUUGAUGAAUUACUCGAUCGUCAUUUUUCAAAGGAAAAUAGUUCUGUAAUUCUAUGGUAUUCAAGUGAUCGAUUGAAACGAGAAAAGUCUGAUAGAUGGAAGCAAAUCUAUCAAGAGAUAACUGCACAACGACAGCAAGCAACACAACAAAUUUCUUUAAUCUAUGUUGAUUUCAGUCAAUUUUCACGAAACUUAGAAGAUUUUCAUGUAAAAAAUUUACCGAUACAAUCAUCAUUUGACACCCGACGCAGACAUCAUAGAGAACAUCCUCUGCCAUCAAAUCCACAAGAACAACCAUUAUUAACAUCUUCACCAUCAUCAGUAACUGAAAUCAAUGUAUUACUUAUGGGUGAAACAGGAGUUGGAAAAUCAACAUUCAUUAAUGCAUUUGUUAAUUAUUUAAUUUUCGAUACUCUUGAACAAGCUCAACAAAAUGAACCAAUUGUAUUAAUUCCAGUUUCAUUUCUUAUUACUAUUGGUGACCAAUUUAAUGAAUUUAUUGUUAAAUUUGGUGAUAUUGAUUCAAAUGAAAAUCAUGAACAUCAAGGUCAAUCAGUAACACAACAAUGUAAAUCAUAUAUAUUCAAAUUAAAUGAAAAAUUAUGUUUACGUUUAAUUGAUACACCAGGUAUGGGUGAUACACGUGGUCUUGUUCAAGAUGAAAUAAAUAUUGAUCAUAUAUUAACAUAUGUUAAUAAUUUAUCACAUUUAAAUGCUAUUUGUUUACUAUUUAAACCAAAUGAAUCUCGAUUGAAUAUGUUUUUUAGUUCGUGCGUUAAUCAAUUGUUAAUAUAUUUAACACCAAUCUUUUAUAAUAAUAUUAUUUUUUGUUUUACUAAUGCUCGAUCAACAUUUUUUGCACCAGGUAAUACUGGUUCAUUACUUCGAGAAAUGUUUAAACAAGAACAUCUUAAAGAUAUUCCAUUUGAAAAGAAAAAUACAUUUUGUUUUGAUAGUGAAUCAUUUCGAUAUUUAGCAGCUAAAAAACGUGGUGUUGAAUUUGAUGAAUUUGUAAAACAAGAAUCUAUUAAUAGCUGGACAACAUCAGUGACUGAAUCUAUACGUCUACUUCAUUUUAUUCUUAAGUUAAAACCAUAUGAUUUAAAUGAAUGGCAAUCAAUAAGAAAAGCUAGUCUUGAAAUCUCAAUACUUGCUCGACCUCUUAUGGAAACAUUACGUUUAAUACUUUACAAUUGGAAAUUACGUGAAACAGGAACAGUUACUGAAAGAAUAGUAUUAAAUUCGAAUUUUGUUAAAAGUGAAUUAUGUUCCAACUGUGCACAAAGUAAUGUUGUACAAGAUAUGGAUCCAUUUACGCCUGUACUCAAACGAUUUCUAGAAGAAGAACGACACAUUUCUGACGUUUAUAAUAGUAACCAACCUAUGAAUAAGGGAAUAAAAGAUGCGUUACGUUCUAUAAGACAAACACGUGAACAAAAUAAGAAACAAAUAUUGAAAUCAAAUGAAAAACUUUCACUUAGACAACAAUAUGAAAUAAUCGGUGAAUUAAAAGCCAUGCCAGAUGUUAAAAAUCAGAUCAAAGACAUGACGAAAACACGCCGAUUAAAAAUGCAAGCGAAUGAAUAUUCUGUAAAACUACCACAAACCAAAAGCAAAGUAUUUUCUCAAUUUACCAGUUCUCAAUGA